CUCUUCUCUGGGAAAUACUGUCCAUAACCUCUAUUAAUUAACCGAAUCUAUUUUUGCUAUAUGGUUGUAAAAGCCUCAAUAUGAUGCGAAAAAUCGGCAUUGCUUUUCGACCUCACAAUCUGCUCAAUAUUCAAAACUGGCUGCUUUCUAGCCGGAAGAUUUUGGAAAUCCGUACGCUAUCUGCACAAGCAAGUUCUACUACUGAAAUUGGGAGCAUCGACACUGGGGCUCCUGUAGAAAAUGGUGAUUCCAAAAAGAACCUAAGUAAAGCCAUGAAAGCUUAUUUGGAUCGCGCUAGGGAACAUGAUGAGUUCAUGAAUGCUCAAAGGGUUGAGUUUGAAAUAGGAAAAAGGCAUCUAGCAAAUAUGAUGGGAGAAAAUCCUGAAACCUUCACCCAGGCGGAUAUUGAUAAUGCCAUAGAGUACCUGUUUCCCAGUGGGCUCUAUCAGAAACAUGCUAGACCUAUAAUGAAACCUCCAGAAGAAGUGUUUCCGCAAAGGAAGGCUGCAGAAUUUGACGAGACUGGACGUCCGUAUCACUUCCUGUUUUACACAGGAAGGUCCAAUUUUUAUCAGGUUUUGUAUGAUGUUGUUGAGCACAUCAAUGAGAUGUAUAAGUUUGAGGACAGCAUGACUAGAAAAAACCUUCAGCCAGAUCCGAUGUUGAAAUUGAAUUUGUCUGGGACUGAGUGGAUCGCAAAAUCCGCCCUAGAGUUUAGAGUAGUGGAAACAGUGUCUGAUAGAGAAUACAACACCUUCGUUACUGCCAUGGACAGAUUAUCCAAUAUGCCUUUUGCUUAUAAAGUAAAAGACUUCAUAAUGGAAUACCGGGUUUCCUUAAUGAAUCAGAGUGAAACGUAUGAUGCCAUCAAGCCCCAAAUACGGGAAGACGGCAGAGAAUCGGUUACCGUCUAUGAAUGUCGCCGAAAAAGGGCUAUCGGAAAUGUCACAGUUAUAUCCCCUGGAACCGGAAAAAUUACAAUUAAUGGUCAAGGUAUCAGCUAUUUCGAAGGUAUACAAGAAAGAGAGCAGAUUCUAUUUCCAUUGAUAUUUUCGAAUAUGCAGAACAAAGUUGACAUAGAGGCGGAAAUGCAAAAUGGGGGACCAUCGGGGCAGGCCGGAGCUAUAAGAUAUGGCAUAUCUUGGGCACUGAGAAGUUUUGUAGACCAGGAAACCAUGGAAAGCAUGAGAUUAGCUGGAUUACUAACAUUCGACAUCCGAGUGAGGGAACGGAAGAAGCCAGGCCAGGCAGGUGCAAGAAGGAAGUUUACAUGGAAGAAACGUUAAUUGUUAGAUGUAAAUAUACGAAAUGAGAUGA